AUGGAACGCUUUUGCUGAGGUGCAGUGUUAGUUAGAAUCUUAAAGGCACAGUUUACAACAAAUGUGAGGUACCUUUUUUAGGUGAAAAGCGGAAGUGUUGAUGUCGAGGCGUACAUCGGUGGCAAAGAUAGCGAGAAAAUCUGCCUACUUCAGGCAUUUUAACUCACAAUAAAUCCAAAUCCAUUUUGAAAUUAGGGGAAUUGGAGGUUGUACAAAAUCACCGUAACGGGAAUGGCAUGUAAAAGGGGUGUUUAGACGAGAUUUAAUUUGCUCCAUUGAGAAAGAGAUCAUUCCAUUCGUCUACUCUCCCCGCGGACGGUUCGUUUUCUGCCAACGAUGACUUCGCCGUCAAACCCACCCAGCAGUAGCGAUACCCGUACAAGAACCUUCAUGAAGAUAGCCACCGUGAACGUCCGAGGACUAUGCUCUCAACAAAGACUCGCGGAUUUCGAAGCCAAUGUCAUGAACGUGAGAUUUGCUGUAAUUGGACUGGCUGAAACUCGAAGACUGAACCGUGAGCGCACUCAACUUGGAUCUAGUUUUGUGCUCUACAACAGUGGACGUUGUGACGGUGCUCCCACGUAUGCUGAUGUAGGGUUAUACAUGUCGUUACGUAUGAACAAAAAGCUUGUUGGUGUACGUUUUAUUAGUGAUCGCGUAAUACAAGCCGAAUUUCUUAUAAAACGAAGACGUCUCAGCAUUAUUCAAGUGCACGCCCCGACCUCUACAGCAACAGAUGACGACUUCGAGCGAUUCCUGGACGAGAUAGAAGCUGCUAGGAUAACUACGAAAAAUAAAGCGAUGCCUGAAAUCAUUUGUGGCGAUUUUAAUGCAAUUAUUGGACGUUCAGGAAACAAAGAAACUGCUUGCGGACCUUUUGGAACUGGUAAUCGGAAUGACCGAGGUAUUUCGCUGCUUCGACUCCAAUAA